AUGGGAACCCCUAGAGUUUCUGGUUUCACUCAAAGAUGUUAUGAAACCACCCCCACUAGUACUAGACUGCUACGCGACACAGCCUGCACAGCUAUCCGAAAGCAUUUGCCAAGUAUGCUUGACAACGAGGAUGUUGCAGAAAUGUACGACAAGAUUCUCUCUGAAACACCUGACUUCACCAAGGACCUAUUAAGAUGCUAUGUUAACAAUCCUUUAUAUGGGCAUUGCCAAUCAUGUUUCACGUAUCAACCUAUGGAAGCACUGCAAGGAAGAUGCAAGAAAUGUAAGAAAGGUAAUAGAGGUUUUGGUUGGUAA